AUGAAUGGGUUGCCCUGCCCGUGCUCUGCCCUGCUCCACUUCUGGCAGCCGGGGUCUCGCUCCAUGGCUGAGGGCUCCAGCACUCAGGCCCAGGGGAAAGGGCCCCCGCUCAGCAUCCAGCUCCUGCGAGCCCAAUACGAAGGCUUGAGGCAGCAGCAGAGGGCCCAGACCCACCUGGUGGUGCUCCCGAAAGGGGGGACCGUGCCUGCUCCUGCUCCUGCUCAGCCCAUUGUCAGUGCUGUUUGGAUUAACAAGGAGAGAAGGAGCUCACUAUUCCUGGAGGAGGCAGAGUCUGAGGCCAAGGGGAUGCCAGAGGAGGCAGGCAGAGGCCAUCUUCAGACCCCCAAGUCUACGUGGCACACACACCUACAGAUGCAUCGUUCUGUCCAGAACUUCUGCCAGGAAACCAGUCAUCAAGUACAGCACAAGGGCAGGCUUACUGGACCUGACCGAAGGCUCCCUCAGGAAGGAAACCUAGGCUUGUUUGAAAACAAUCAGAGGACUCAGCAAGGGACGGAAACCCCAGAGACAGUCCAGCAGCCAUGUCAUGUGGGCAGUGCCCAUGCAAAGGCAGUGGAAUCCGGCUUAAACCUGAGCAUUCAGUGCCAUCCUCCCACAAAGAACCUACACAGAUCGGGCACAUCAACUCAUUAUCCAUUUCCCCAGAGGAAAACUCCCAGGAUUUCCCAAGCUGCACGGAACCUGGGCUUAUAUGGCCCAGCCUGAAGCUUUCUUCUCAGCCACAGGGCUCAGCCUUGAGGCUCUCAGUGGCCUCAUCAGAGAACGAGGGAGAUAGAGCCAAAAUUUGAUCCUCUAGCUAGGAGCAAGAACUGCAGUUGCGGUAAUUGUGGGAGUGGGCACAUGGUCUGGUCCUUCAUAAAAGGAGAGAUUGCCCAGGCCAGGUUGCUCACAGUUCAGGAUGAAAGGGUGCUGUCCAGUCAAUGCAGCACCAUUCAGCUUAUACAAGAAGACGAAGUGAUGGAGCUCCAGAUGCCCAUUCCUUAGGGGAAUUUUGAAAUACAAAGCGGAGACUGUAGCCAAUGAAUGUCUUAGCAGUGCCCAGGGAGCAAUGGGCAUGGACGAUCCUGUUUUCAGGAGCUUCUGAUGAUUUCACACAUAUUCUCAAGAAGAUGAGCUCUGAGAACUUGCCUUCUUCUGGUUGCUGUUCCUGGAGGCCAUCUCACGAGUCACUAAAUUCACAGUGUGACCACACCAUCCCAGCUUUCACCUCCCAACCCAUGGUGAUCCAGGGUAAAGAGAGCUAGAACACUGUCGCUCACUGUUCUGUGCCUUUAAAGGGUAUUUAGGAAGGGCUGAUCAUCUCUUAGCUCUUCCUGAGACCCUGCACGUCCAACCUCAUCACAGAUUUCCUCCCUUCCUUCCUUCCUUCUUUCCUUGCUUCCUUCCUUCCUCCUUUCCUCCCUUCCUUUCUUCCUUCCCUGCAUUCCUUCCUUCUCUCCUUUCUUUCCUUUUUUUCCCUUCCCUUCCUUCUUAUUUUUUCUUUUAUUUCUUUCCAGAUUAAGUUCUUAUUGAAAAUUGCCAAUCACUGAAAAUGUAUAGUGAUGGGAGCCUGAGCAAAAGGAGAUAAAGAAAUGCUCUUGCUUGGAAAAUACGUGUUCUGCACAAACUACCCUCUUUUCUGCCAAGCUUGGACCACUGAACUCUUUCUUGGCAUCAAAUAUAUUUUUUUAAACUAAAAGUAAAGCAGGUGGUACUUGCGUGAUGGGGGAGAAAGUGCGUCUUUCCUGGUUAAUGUUUAACUUUAGUAAUGAUAUUUAAAUACCUCUUGGAGUUCUGGUGGCACCAUGGUUAAGAGCUACGGCUGCUAACCAAAAGGUCAGCAGUUUGAAUCCACCAGCCGCUCCUUGGAAACCCUAUGGGGGCAGUUCUACUCCGUCCUAUAGGGUCACUAUGAGUCGGAAUUGACUCCACAGUAAUGGAUUUUUUAAGAUGUUUUCUCUCAUAUCAGAUUCCCUCUUUGAAAUUUCACCCACAUCUUCCCUUUUUCCCCAUGAUGAUCCAGACGUGCCCCUCCACAUCCAAAAUUGUUAACUAGGAGCGUGAUUACUCAUCAGAAAAUGUAUGUGCCUGCUCCG